AGCCCAUAUCUUAAGGAGAGAGCGCAACAACUGCAACAAACACAAGAAAGGGUGAGAGAGCAAGAACAACCACAACAACAACAGCAACAAAAAAAAAAAAAAACAAAAGGAAGGGGUGAGAGAGAACUGCAGCAACCAUAACCACCACCACCACAACAAAAACAAUAAAGGGAGCUAUGACCAAUCUCCCACCAGGUUAUAGAUUCUACCCAACAGAAGCAGAGCUGGUGGGAUUCUACCUGCGUAACAAGCUAGAGAACAAGAGAGAGGACUUAGACCGUGUUAUUCCGGUCGUAAACAUCUUCACUCUCGACCCUUGUCAGCUCCCAAGCAUUUCAGGUGAGCUGUGCGCCGGAGACAUUGAGCAAUGGUUUUUCUUCAGCCCAAUGCAAGAGAAAGAAGCCCACGGAGGGAGGCCGAACCGAAUCACGCCGACGGGCUACUGGAAAGCUACGGGCUCUCCCGGCUACGUCUUCUCUGACAACCGAGUCAUUGGCGUGAGGAAAACCAUGGUUUUCUAUGAAGGAAAAGCCCCCACAGGGACGAAAACAAAAUGGAAGUUGAACGAAUAUAGAGCCCUUGAAGAAGAAUCAUCUUCAAAUGCAGUUCCAAAGUUACGACAUGAGUAUAGCUUAUGCCGAGUAUACGUAAGAUCAGGAAGCCUACGAUCGUUUGAUCGACGGCCAACGGUCACAAUGACAAGCGAGACAGGAUCCAAUAUCGAUUUACGCAUUGGAGAGGGUGCUAGUAGCAGCAAUUUAGGUGUAGUUUCUCAUCAAAAUCCUUUGAAGGUGGAGAGAGCUGAUAGUUCGUCAUCAGGAGACCAUGCUUCUCACUCUCCAGCUGAAGAUUCUGUCAACAACGACUGGAAUACGAUCGGCAAUCUCGACACUCUUUGGGAUUCGAUUUAUUGGGACUAAGGAAAUCUAUGUUGAUUUGUUAUUGUUGUGGCCAUCCAACGUUCACAUGGCGCACGUGUGUGUCAAUCCGGGGUGUCCAAUGCGUAGGACCUAUUGUGGAUGGAACACAGCUUAAAAGUAACACUAAUUGGAGAAUCAUAAGCAUCCAAUUGGUAGAGUUCAAAUGGAAUAAAAUGAUUAAUGGUCCAAAUUCAACAAGCGAAAUCAGAUGGUUGAGAUUGUUUGAUUCUUUGGACUUUUAAGCUAUUCUCCAUCAACAAUGGGACCAUGAUUUGAACAAUCCAGAUUUCCAGCCAUCCAUCGACCGGAGCAAUGGAUGAGACACCACAACUUACAAAAAAUUGUCUUUUUUUUUUUUUUUUCUUUUUUGUUUGAGAUUGAAUUGUCCUUGUUAUGCAUUUUGUACUUUUUUUUACCCCAAAAAGGUGGGAGCACCUGUAACUUUGUAAUUGAAUUGCAGGAAAAAAAAAAAAAAAAAACGUAAAAUAAAUAAUAAAUAAAAGGAAUAGCCCCUCAGUUGUGCCUUUUUCUUUC